GCUAGUCAUAAACAGUAAAAGCACAUACGAUAAGUCUUAAAUAGGGGAACGAUGCUCUAGAAAGUAAAAGGACAUGGCGUGCCGUUACAUUUGCGCAUCUUCAAUUCCUGAUGCUCUAGCCACAUCGCCCCAAGUUAAGUUAUCAUCUCCCUCAAACACCAAUUCAUCCUCUGCUUCAAAACUUACCCCCAUUUCUCCAACCAACCACUCAUUACUAUGAUCACUAUAAUCCAAUGAGAUUGGAUCGAUGAUAUUCCGCAAGUCAAAGUGAGUACUUAGAGCACAAUUAUACUUGACAUACACUAGAUCAUGCAAUCUUUUAUGCUCUAAUCUAUUCCUCUUCUUGCUAUGGAUCUGCACAUGAAUUAUUUUACUUACUGUUAGUAACAUUGUAAGUUUGUAUUAAUUAACCAAAUAAAUUAAAAUAAGGAAUAGUUAUAUGUAGCCCACAUGUUCAAACACACUCUAAUUACGCUCGCAACCAGUUGAACCAACGGUUAAGCUCAAGAUUCUAAUUGCUAAUUUUGGAGAUGAGGGGCUGAAUUUCCAUAUAGAUUCCACCAUUUAGCUGAAAAAGAUAUAAGUAACUUAGUGUAAGUAAAUAUUGUACGUGAAGCCUUGAAUGGUUAUUUGUAAUUGAAUUUUCAUGUACCUGGAGACCUCGUUGCUCUUGAUCUUUUUGCCAUUGGAAGUCCAAAUUGCCCCUAAGCUCUUGUAUAUAACGGUAAUUCAGAUACAUUCGUAUCUUGAAUUUCAAUACACGGAACCAAUUUCUGAAUACAAGCAUAUAGUCCAUUUAUUCUCUUUACAAUUCUCAAUGGCUGGAUCUUGAUAGAAUACUCUGGAUUCAAAUAAUGUCCGCCUGCAUGUAAUGGUCAAGUGGCAUUCCCAUCUUUGAUCAAUGAUCUCAAAAAUAUCUUUGUACUUUCUAGACUUCUCCUCAAAUGAUUUUGUGAUGGCUUCUUUAGCUCUAAGAGGUCCCAUUAUCUUCAAUAUGUUAACAACUUGAUUCCAAAAUGCAGGCAUUAAUAUAGUAUGAGUUGUAACUUUUCCCUGUGGUUUUCUUGGCCAUUUACUAUUUACCCAUGUAAUCAUGGUUUGCAAAUUUAGUCUUUUGAUUAUGUAGCCUUUGCAAAGUUAGAAAACUCGUGGCAAAUCGAGUAAUUCCGUAUUUCACCAAUUUUUUUCUCUUUGUGAAGUCUCUCAUCAUAUUAAUGACUCAUGUAUGACCAUAGAUGAUAUCAACAACUGCAAUUGCUUUUUUGAGAGUUAUACUUCUCUUAAUGACUGGAAGCUUGCUUAUGUCUUCUACAAUAAGAUCUAUACAAUGAGUUGCACAAGGCAUCCAGUAUAUGUGUUUUCUCUUUGUUGUAGGAGUUGGCCUAAAAUAAAAAGAGAAUACUUAAUUAUAUUAUAUAGUAACAUAUAUGAGAAAUCAGAACUUGAGUAUUCUUAAAGUAAAUACUUACCAACCAAUAUAAAGUUGCUGCCAAUAUCACUACAACUUAAACUACAUUUUGCUUCAACACGCUCCACAUAUCUAUCAAGUAGCUCACAUUGUUUCUCUCUAGUUUUGUUAAAUGAAGAUGCAUCAAUGAACUCCAUAAACAUUGUACUACAUGGAGAAUUCACCAAAAAGUUUAUUAAUGUUCUUUGCUUCCUAUCUGUCCAUCCAUCUGCCAUAAUGGAACAUCCAUGCUUUACCCAUUCUUCUCUAUGUCUAUUUAAAAGUUCAUUAGUCAACUCUACCUCCUUAUUUAGUAAUGGAACCCUUAAUUCAUGUUAACUUGGAAGCUUCAAAUUUGGUCCAUACCUUUCAAUAGCAUCAAUAGCCUCCUUAAAGCUUUUCAGAUGAGCAACAUUGAAUGGUAUGCCAGCAUCGUAAAAGAAAUGAGCAACUUUUUGGAUAGUCAUUGCUCUUGCUUUUUUGUCAUAUGAAUCUUUGAUACAUGUCUGCCUAAGUUGCCCUUGACCUUGCAAAUAUACACCCAUAGGGCCUUUUCCUUUACCCUUAGCUAAUUUCUUACUAAGUCCACCAGGAAGGGUUCCCCCCUUCCCCCCCACCUUUUCUUUUAGGAAUGAUUUCAUCCUCUUCAUAAACAUCUUAAUAAUCAGACUCAUCAUGUUUAAGAUACUCUAUAGCAGAAAUAUCUUUCCUUAAUUUUUUUUCUCUCCAUGGAAGCUUUCAAUUCUUCCCGAGCUUCCGGAGGACAUCAGGUUACAACUGUGAGAGUCAGCAAUGUUUCUUUUGGUGCUUCACAACAAGACAUCAAGGAGUUCUUUUCAUUUUCUGGGGAUAUAGAGUUUGUUGAGAUGAGAAGUGAGGACGAGCUGUCUCAAGUUGCUUAUGUCAUGUUCAAGGAUCCUCAGGGUGCAGAGACUGCAGUUCUUCUUUCAGGAGCUACAAUUGUUGGCCAGUCCAUCACAGUAGCCCUUGAUCCUGAGUACCAGCUUCCGCCUACUGCUUCAGUGCUACCUACAGCAACUGAAAUAAAAAAUGUAGCUGGAGCUGGAUCUGCUAUUCAAAAGGCAGAAGAUGUUGUGAGCAGCAUGUUAGCAAUGGGCUUUAUCUUGGGCAAGGAUGCAGUUAACAAGGCCAAAGCAUUCGACGACAAACACCAGUUCACGUCGACUGCCUCAGCCAAAGUUGCUUCUUUAGACCAAAAAAUUGGCCUUAGCGAGAAAAUCACUACAGGAGCAACCGUUGUGAAUGAAAAAGUGAAAGAAAUUGACCAGAAGUUCCAGGUUUCUGAAAAGACAAAAUCAGCAAUUGCAGCUGCUGAGCAGACAGUUAACAAUGCUGGAACUGUCAUCAUGAAGAACAGAUAUGUUUUGACUGGAACAUCAUGGGUAACUGGUGCUUUCAAUCGGGUCACCAAGGCUGCAGCUGAAGUUGGCCAGAAGACGAAGGAAAGAUUGGCGGAAGACCCUGCAGGCAAUUCAGCUGAUGCUCAAGUACACGUCUCCUCAGAAUCUCCAAAAGCUGCACCAAACGAGGAACCUACCAGGGCCCUUUCGCCUAAGGGCUUAAUCUUUUAGCUUGCCUAAAAAUAUUUCUUAAUAACUGGUGCACAAUUUCACUUGUUUGAUUUGAAGUUUAGCCUGUUAUUAUGUAUGGUUAGGUGCGCUAGUUAUACAAGGACAUUGUUUAAUCUGGGAAUUGGAACCUUGAAUAUUCUUGCUGGGCCAUCCGAGUCCAUGUCAAAAGUUGAAUCUUGUUACCGUCCCUCCACUUGGGAGAAAAUUGUUAGAAUUUGGCUUUUGGGAGUA